AACGACAUACUUGGGUAUUACGGCGAGGCAGUAUUUGAUGAGCUCUUCUUUUGGGAUUCUUGGAAGCAUGGGGACUUCAUCGAAGCGUUCUUCGAUGUCUUCUCGGAGAGUCUGGCGUAUUACGCGCCUAUGGAGGAAGUUCGUGGGAAUACUAUCCCAGGGGCUGGUCUAUCUGGGACUGUUUAUAACAACCCAGUAACCGUAAAGGGAAGAGUGGGGAAAGGAAUUUCGUUGAAUGGAAUAAACCAAUAUGUUAACUUAUUUAAUCCGUUUGCGGACCUCAGGCAAGAUUGUUUUGGUGACCUAGAAAAGUGUGAGGAGGGCGGAGCAACGCUAUCGUUUUGGAUGAAAAUUGGCUCCAAGGACUCAAAAUCGGAUAUGUAUUACUUCUCAAGCGGAGGCCAAACGGAAAAAUCCCACGGCAUAACUGUACUUUGGAAAAACGGGAAGCUG